AUGGCGAAGCUCAAGCCUUUGCAAAAAAUCUUGAAGGAUGCGAAGUUGAACAUGGAGAAGAAGAGAUUGGUUGUCCGGAGCAUUGGGCUCUCAGUAUUGACUUUGCAUGCUGGGACAUGGACAGGUCUGACGCAAGGGGAACACGAGGCAUGGCAAGCAGGUGUUUUUAAGGCCUAUCAACAGGUUCAACCACGAGACGCACAAGGCAAUGUUCGUCACGUAUCCUUGUUUGAGUUGGCCAGAGACAUGGAGUCUCCUCUUCCAAUGGAGCUGUUGUACGUGCAGAGACUGCGAUUGCUCUUUCACAUCAUUCAGGUGGCUGAUGAAUACAUGAUAGGAGCUGUCUCGUACAAUCACCAUGUGAUGCAAGAUCGAUCUUGGUUGUACGGAGCCAUGAAAGCUGUCAACUGGAUGCAGCGUCAGAUUGGUGACAUGUUGGUUCUUGCAGAGGUCAGCGAGUUGGAAGACAGACAGACCUGGGAAGAUCUACGCCCCUUUGCAGGUAUGUCGAAGAAAAACGUCAAGAAGGCGCAGAAAUCACACCUGAUCAAAAUCAAAGCCUUUCUCACUGUCAAACAUCAUGCUGAGGAACAAGAUCAGAUGUUGCGCGAAAUGGGUUGGACGCUGUCGGAUCUUAUGCUUGCAGUCUUUGUCACAUGGAGUUUGGUACAGAGGAUCUCUAGCAGCCCACCAGCAGCGCAAGCAUGGUUUGAGAAUGGCAAUGAGAAGGAAGCGGAACGCUUGGACGAAGAGGACAGGAAGCAGGGGGUGGCCAUGCACCAAUCGGGCCUUCAGGGUGCAAAGCCGGAUUGUUUGUGGCGACAAUGCGAGGAACAUGAGUUGCAAGCAACUCUAGAGAUAAGGGAGGACUUUGUCCAAGGUCAGCAUGAUCCCACGACAGAGGAAUUGCACUGCUGGUCACAGUAUGGUCUACUUCCACCAGGGCAAGGGGGUAGGAGCAAGACAUCAGGAAGACCUGUGGGCCUGUGGACAUGA